UAUCUAUUUGCACUCAUACUUUUUUUUGUUUCGAACUCCGAUAAGUUGCACGUUACAGCUAUUGCUUACUUAAAUAUAUUAUACAGUACUAGAUAGGCAAGCACUAUGGAUGGUUUGAUGUUCGUUAUCCUUAUAUAUAGCACGGUAUCAGCUCUACCUCAAACAAAAAUACAAGAUGGAACACCCAUUAGUGAUAUCUCAGCAUUUCCAUUUGCAGCUGCUCUACUGCGUUCAAACGACACGAAAAACUUCGUGCAAGCAUGUGUCGGGUCAAUUAUAAGCAAGAGAUCUAUUCUUACAUCAGUAAACUGCUUCUACAAAGACAAACCGGAGAAUUGGCGCGUUAGAGUUGGUUCGAAUUUGGCGAGUUCGGGAGGCGUAGUACAUGAAAUAGAAAGCUUCUUAAAACAUCCAGAUUUUGAUAUUACCGAGAGUGACAAUGAUGUUGGGAUCAUGAGACUUUCUACUGCUAUCGUAUAUGGAAAAAAUGUUCAACCGGUUAAUAUAGUUAGAACCAAUUAUAAUGUAGAAGCUGGUGAACCUGUGUCUAUAAUCGGUUGGGGAAGUAAUGCUUAUAAAGAACCGCAUUCAGAAGAGUUACGAAAAGGAGAUCUUGUUAUUAUAAAUCAAGACAUCUGCAGAUCAAACUAUAAUAUAAUUGCAAUGACAGUAACACAAAAUAUGAUAUGUGCUGCACCUAGUAAGGAAGACGGUGUAGAUUUCUGUGACGGUGAUGUUGGAGCACCAUUGCUGCAUAACAAUACCUUAGUUGGUAUUGCGUCUUUUCGUGAUCCAACAUGUGGACGGCAAGAGUAUCCGGGCAUAUAUACCCGAAUCGCAAAAUAUAGUCAAUGGAUUAAGAAAAAUAAAUAAUUGAAAAGA